AUGGACUUCUGUGAAGCAUUCAAUGGCCCAGUCACUGGCGUCACAGCCGCAUUCAAGCUUACUCCAUCGAGCAAACAAUGGUCACAUCAGUGGCGUGGACGCGUGCCAAAAUAUUAUAUUGGCCAAGUUGAACUUCGGUUGACGAAACACUUCUCGAAAAUGCCCUCUACUGCAAGCCAACUUGAGCGAAGCCUUAGAAGACUUCAGAUAUCAGAGUCUGACUCACAAGAAACGUCUACCGCGGUGCAAUGGGUGCCCUCUAAAUACAGCUCAGACGUAUCUCAGUACGUUCUUGUAAAGCCUCCCCGGGCUCCAUGCGGCAAUCGUUGGCUGUUUGGGUUUCCUAUCGUCAAGAAGGAACUUUGGAACAUGGGGACCAUUGCUUUCAAGCAAAUUUGGCCGGACAAAACUUUACCAGACAACAAUGCUUACAUCGCCAUGAAUUCCCUUACAUUUCUCGAGGUGGUUGGAGAUUCGAAGAAUAUUCCAUCGGAGUGUGUGAUAUCGGGAGACGUGCUGUUGUUAGUAUUGUGGAGGGAUACGGAAUCUCAGGCUGCCUGUCCAACACAAAGUCAAGUGCAUUCCUUGGAGAUGAAGCUUAAGCGCCCACCGGGGUGGUGGGUGGAAGUUCCGAAUCAAACACUCUUGUAUGCAUACGAUACACUCUGGACGAAGACGGAGAGAAUAUAA